ACAUUGCACUCGAUAAGACGGAGACUUCGAGCACUUUGCAUACCGAACCUGUCCUAAUCCUGGCCCAUCCACCCCUCAGAUCAUGUAGCCAAUAACCUUCACCGCACAUAGCAUUAUCAUUUAAUUAGAGCAGAUAAAAGUAGCUGAAGCUGACAGGCCAUAAUCAAUAAUCAGCGGGAAGUGAUGACACCUGAUGGUGUCUGGGUGACCUGAUCUCUGACAAAAGUCCAACAGAAGCUUUGUGUUCCAUUGAAACUGUGCUGCACUAUGUGGCUUCUGGUCCUCAUCUGCGUGUCAGCGGCUAGUGGUGCCCCCAUAAGCCCAACCCAGGAUGCCACCACCUUUUCCUCGGGUGGCGGCCUCCCUGUAAAUGACACCCAGAAUGUGACGAGUGCUGCCUCAGGUAUGAUUGCUUUAAAACUUGACCCACCAGAGCUGGUCAGUGCAGAGACCAUAGAAGAGCUUAAAGAAGACAAGAUUGUCCAAGAGGGCGACAUUCUGAUACCAGAGGACAGGAACGCUGUGGAGACCCUGUGGCCAGACGCCGUCAUGCCUUACAAAAUCAGUGACCAACUGGCUGAUCGAGUGUCGGACAUCUACGCUGCCUUCAAGAUGAUCUCAGACUACACCUGCAUUCGCUUCCAGCCUCACACCACAGAGUUUAACUACGUCAAGUUCCUCAAAGGCAAUGGUUGUGCAUCGUUUGUUGGUUGUCGAGGAGGAGCCCAGUCACUGUAUCUCUCCCGGUCAUGUAGUGUGGGGAAUCUCUGCCAUGAGAUCGUCCACACUCUGGGACUGCAUCAUGAACACACCCGCAAAGACCGGGAUCAGUACAUCACUGUGCAGUGGCAGAGUAUCAUCCCAGGCAGGCAAAAGAACUUCAAGAAGAAACAUGGGAACACUCUCAACCUACCAUAUGACCUCAACUCAAUAAUGCACUAUGGACAGUAUUUUUUCACUCUAGAUGGAAGUCCGACGGUGUUGGCCAAGCAGGCCGGACCACAGAUGGGCCAGAGAACACAUCUCAGCAAUCUGGACAUACAGAGACUGAACAGACUCUACCACUGUGGUGAGCGGAUGAAAGGGCUGUGAGUGGGCGUCGCUGUUGGUUAACCUGCACUGCUGUGAGAUUUAAUAAAAUUAUAAAAGGCC